UAAACAGGCACAGCAAUAGGAGCUAAUCGAUUUGUUAUCGAUCAUCUGGGUUUGUUGUUUCUGCGAUCAGCUCGUUAUCCUGUCUCCCACAAUCCCUUGCGCUUCACAAUAGUUGCCAGUCAUUGUGAGAUCAAAUAGAAAAAUUAUGAAGGAGACAGCGGCCAAGCGGCGGGACAAAGGCCGGGACCCCAAAGCCGAGAAGCCGAAAGAUCCGGGCCCAGAGCUACAGGAUGUGGAGAUGCCGGAGGAGGAUGCGGCCAACGCUGUUAAGCAGCCGAAAGAGCUGGACAGCCUGACCCUGGACGACAUUAAGGAACAAGUAAAGCAGAUCGAGAAGGCCGUGUUGGGGAAGGAGCCUCGCUUUGUCCUCCGUGCUCUGCGGGCGUUACCCUCCACCAGCCGCCGUCUCAACACCAGCGUGCUGCACAAAGCCAUCUGUGGAUUCUUCACCAACAACACUACCACCCGAGACUUCCUGCUGGGCUUCUUGGAGGAGCCGAUGGAGAUGGCAGAUGGAGAUGUCCAGUUUCGACCGAGGACGGGUAAAGCGGCAUCGGCACCUCUGCUGCCAGAGGUGGAGGCGUACCUGCAGCUGCUGCUGGUGGUUCACCUGACCAACAACAAGAGAUACACAGAGGCUCAGAAAGUGUCUGACGACCUGCUGCAGAAGAUUGGCUCCAAGAACCGCAGAGCUCUGGAUCUGGUCGCUGCUAAAUGUUAUUAUUACCAUGCCAGAGUGUACGAGUUCCUCAACCAGUUCGACACCAUACGCAGCUUCCUCCACACUCGCCUGCGUACGGCGACUUUGCGUCAUGACGCUGAUGGUCAGGCUGUUCUUCUCAACCUGCUGCUGAGGAACUACCUGCAUUUCAACCUGUACGACCAGGCCGAGAAACUGGUGUCCAAGUCGGUGUUUCCUGAACUCGCCAACAACAACGAGUGGGCCAGAUACCUGUAUUACACAGGUCGUAUUAAGGCAAUUCAGUUGGAGUACUCGGAGGCUCGCAGAACUCUGACCAAUGCUCUGAGGAAAGCUCCACAACACACAGCCGUGGGCUUCAAACAGACGGUCCACAAGCUGCUGAUCGUAGUGGAGCUGUUGCUGGGAGAGAUUCCUGACAGACUCCAGUUCCGACAGCCGUCGCUCAAGAGAUCACUGAUGCCCUACUUCCUACUCACUCAGGCGGUGAGGACGGGGAACCUGGCCAAGUUCAACCAGGUGUUGGAGCAGUUUGGGGAGAAGUUUCAGACCGACGGCACGUACACACUCAUCAUCCGCCUGAGACACAAUGUCAUCAAGACCGGUGUGCGUAUGAUCAGCCUGUCAUACUCUCGGAUCUCUCUGGCCGACAUCGCUCAGAAACUGCAGCUCGACAGCCCCGAGGACGCAGAGUUCAUCGUCGCCAAGGCGAUCGGUGACGGCGUGAUUGAGGCGAGCAUAAACCACGAGAAAGGCUUUGUCCAAUCAAAAGAGACCAUGGACAUCUAUGGGACGCGAGAGCCUCAGCUGGCUUUCCAUCAGAGGAUCUCCUUCUGCUUGGACAUCCACAACAUGUCUGUCAAGGCCAUGAGGUUUCCUCCUAAAGCUUACAACAAAGACCUGGAGUCAGCAGAGGAGCGUCGCGAGCGGGAGCAGCAGGAUCUGGAGUUCGCCAAAGAAAUGGCUGAAGAUGAGGACGACAGCUUCCCAUGAUGCUCUCUGCUGACUUCUUGUAUAUGUGUCUGCACGCUCUUAUCCAAUCAGUUAUUACCUACAAUUCCCCUCUCCCCUAGCCUUUUCUGUCUCUGCUGUGUGUUCCGGUUGUAACCUUGACUUUUCUGAGACAAAUAAAACACUUUGUUUGUA